GGCUUCAUUAAUUAAGUGCAAUACCCUUCACCUUACAUCAUUAGGGUGAUCAAAUCAAGGAUGAUAUAAUGAGCGGGAUGUGUAACAUGUAAGAGAUAUGAGAAGUGCAUACAAGAUUUUAGCCUGAAAAACAAAAUGAAAGACCCACAUGCAGAAGAAUGAAUACUAUUAAAAUGGUUCUUGAUAGAGUAUGAGGAUGUGAAUUUGAUUCUUCUCACUAGGGAUGUGGCCCCGUUGUCGGAUCUUUUAAACGACAAUCAGGUUACAUAAAAGGCAAGAAAUUUAUUUAUUAGCUGGGUGAAAAUUCGCUUCUCACAAAUUACAAUGAUCUGUUAAGUUAGUUGACAUAUUACAAUACUUUCACUUUUCAGUAUACAUAAUAAGCACAUCAAAGUCACUGUUGUAAUAGCCAUCUUCCGUUUUUAAGGUGUAGCUCCAAUUUACUUUCAAGGCCUGCGGAAAACCACGAGGGGCCUUGGUCAGAAUACGAUUAACCCAUAGGAUAUUUGGUAUUACCCACCCUUUAUUACACACUGCAUUUAAGUGUCGUUCCUUUCCUCCCCUUGCUCACAUGUGACGGUUCAGUGCUAAUAACAUAACAUUGGUUAGGUAAGAAGCACCUGUAUAAUACAUAAUCUUGUUUGAAAUUAAGUAGAGUCCUCCAGAAGUGAAGUAAUUAAUAAUUCCGUUUUAUACGAUGCCAUCUGAGGUUCAAUGACUUAGAAAAUACGACUUUCCAUGUACAGAAUGUCUCUGUGCUCGGGAAAAUGGCAAUGGACUUCCAGUUUUAUCCAUGAAAUUAUUAAACAACAAUAAUAAUAAUAAUAAUAAUAAUAAAGCAAAUAAGUACAGCUACCCAAUCCACAACCUUAAAUAACUUUCCCACACCACGACAUUCUACAUAAUUUUUUUUUCACCGGAUGCAUUUCCGGUAAGUGACAAAAGAAAGUGAAAUUGCGUUCGAGGGUAGAAUAGCCAAGAUGGCUGCUGCUCUGUCACAGGAGCAAGAGCAGGCCACCAAGAACUUCAUCGAUGAGGUGAAUCGGCUACGUCGUCGCCGGAGAGCCGGUCCUGUUUCGUGGGCUACAGCUGUCAAGUUCUUGGCUGCGCGGAAAUUCGAUGUGGGUCGCGCCGUAACAUUAUACGAACAGCACGAAACCACACGACAUCGGGAAGGCCUUGUUCGUUUUGAUCCCAGACAGAACCCCCUCAAGAGCGAGUUGGACACCGGCAAGUUCACAAUCUUGCCAACCCGGGAUGCGACUGGUGCUGCCAUUGCAGUGUUCACAGCUCGCUUGCAUUAUCCGCAAGUGUCAUCCCACCAGACAACGCUUCAGGGGGUUGUAUACCAGCUGGAUGUCGCGCUGGAGAGUGUGGACACCCAGAAAUGUGGUCUUGUGUUCAUCUAUGACAUGUCUGACUCCAAGUAUUCAAACUUUGACUAUGAUCUUAGUCAGAAGAUUCUCACACUCCUAAAAGGUGGUUAUCCAGCCAAACUCAAGAAGGUUCUAAUCGUCACUGCCCCACUCUGGUUCAAAGCACCAUUCAAGAUCCUGCGGCUCUUUGUGCGGGAAAAACUGCGAGACAGGGUGUUCACCGUUAGUAUUCCUCAGUUGACAUUACAUAUCCCACGAGAAUCUCUGCCAUCACGUCUUGGUGGUGAGCUGGCUGUGGAUCAUGCAUCGUGGCUGUUGCAUUGCCUCAAAUCCGUGACAAACCGCCAUGGCGACUUCUGUGAAUUGUCUCCUCUUAGCUCAGGAGCAGCAAUGGAUUCUGCCCUUAUUGCCACCAGUGCUGUUCCCACCACAGUGCUCAAUGGGACUAGUGGGAACCUAGAACAGGGAGAGCAUGUGUGCAGCCAUGGAGCUAGUGAUGGUGGUGACCAGAAGUCUUUUCACUCUCCAGUAUCAGGACCAGAGGAGGAAGAAGAGAUAACAUCUCCCCGUGACUUGGACAAUGGUGACAUCUGGCAACACAGCUCAGGCAGUGGAGAUGCCUCUUCACCUGCACCUCCUGCUUCAUCAGCUAGCAGUGGCUUCUCAGAUGAUGACAGCCUUCACUGUGAUGUUGGACAUGGAAUGUCACUGGAACAGUUCGUGGAGAGUGUCCGGAGUAGAGGUCGAGUUGGCCUGGUGCAAGACUAUGCAGAGAUCAGGGCCCGCUCACCUGAUGGAUCAUUCAAUCAUGCUCGGUUACGAGCCAACCUGCCAAAGAACCGGUACACAGAUGUUCUUUGCUAUGAUGACUGCAGAGUUUUGCUGUCACAAAUAGAUGGAGAUCCUUGCAGUGAUUAUAUUAAUGCCAAUUUUGUCGAUGGUUAUAAACAGAAAAAUGCCUUCAUUUCUACACAAGGUCCACUGUCCAAAACUGCAUGUGACUUCUGGCGCAUGGUGUGGGAACAGCAAGUUCUGGUUGUGGUAAUGACUACGAGAGUAGUAGAAAGGGGUCGAACGAAGUGUGCCCAGUAUUGGGAGCCAGAGGAGGGAGGAGCAGCUACUUAUGGGACCUUCAAAGUUACAACAGCAUCAGUGGAAGAACACACGGACUACAUAGUCACCUCACUUAAACUCACCAACCUAAAGACAGAUGAACGGAGAGAAGUGAGCCACCAUCAGUUCACAUCAUGGCCUGAUUAUGGUGUUCCCCAUAGUGCCCUUGCUAUGCUGGACUUCCUAGACCGUGUACGGCAACAGCAGAGCAAGAUGGUAACUGCAUUAGGCGACACAUGGGCUGGACAUCCCCGGGGACCACCUAUUGUUGUUCACUGUAGUGCAGGCAUUGGCAGAACUGGCACGUUCUGUACACUGGACAUCUGCAUCAGCCGUCUAGAAGAUGUGGGGACAGUGGAUGUUCGAGGUACAGUGGAACGAAUUCGUUCUCAGAGAGCAUAUUCAAUCCAGGUGCCAGACCAGUAUGUCUUUUGUCACUUAGCUCUUAUUGAAUAUGCUCUUAGCAAGCAGCUUAUACCUCACGUUGACCUCGCUGGCUUCGACAACCUAGUUGAAGAUGAGUCUGAGUGAAAGAAAUGAUGUCAAAGUCAUGAAACUUUUCCUAAAGUGACUCACUGCACAGCUGUUGACAGAUGAGCGGUAAAAGUCACUGAGUCAGAAUAAGUAAGCUUUCUACAGUAUACAGUUUCUUUGCAACGUUAAUGUCAGUAACUAGUUUAAUGUUGCUUUGAAAUUAAACAGAACAAGAAAGAAACAAAAAGUGAUGCAGGAUUUAAAUGAAUGUGCAGGUUAAUAUGUCAAUGAACUCGCCACUUCUCAUCAGAUCAUCACUGUGGAUUUGAAGCGGCUGUAUGAUAUUGACACUUUGUAGACAUAGUAGGAAUAUUCUUAUGAGUUUCAUUAAAUUAAAUAUUGGAAAUUCUUUCUUUACAUACAUAACAUUCUGUAUUGUGUGAAUUUAAUGAAAAACACAGAAUCUUAACUGCUGGACUGGAGAUGUUCUACAUAAUUAUAUUUCACAGUACAUAAUGCAGGAUGUAAUUACAUCUAAUGGUGUCAUAUCAAUAUCUAAACAAAAUAUAAGCUGUGAAAUGUGAGAUUUUUCUGGUAGUGCAUAUGAAAAUUACAGUCUUCUGGGAUGUGAUGCUGUGUUGUUUGGAAAAUAGAUACCAGCAUUUUCUAGCAACCUACUCCAUUCCUCUUCAUGGUAGAACAUGGAGGUAGUAGGUCCCUCUGAAACAUUUGUACUAACGUUUCUGAGGAAUAUACUGCUUCCAUGUUCAGGGUUGAAAAUUGAAGCAGCAGGUUUUAUUGAAAUAUUGAUAUUUAUGUACAAACUACAAGGCAUGACAUCCCAGAAGACUGAUAAUAUUCAUAAUGAAAUUUGGUUUCCCGUUAAUUCAUUUAGAAGGUGCAAACAAUUUAUUUCCUGCAGUUCUGGGUGGGUAGAUAUCACUUAUAAGAACAUUAUCAGUUACCAUAUGUAUUCAUGGUGUGAUAUUUAUGUAUUUCAAGAUGAAAAUAUUAUGUGACAAGUUUAUUGAUGUUGCUUCUGAGGGAUGAAUGUACUGUAAUUGGAGAAUAACUGAGAAUUUGAACACCAGAUCAUCUGAUGGUGUUGACGUUUGUCUGCAUGGUUUAGUGUUGAUAGAUCAACUGGCACUCCUUGGUGGGUGUGUGAAAAUGUUGGAAGAAGUGAUGCACAGAAGGAAUUGCACUACAUUUGCAGCAAAAUAUGAAUUGUUGUAUUUAAUGUUUCUAACCAUCAGUAUAGUUUAACUGUACAUUAUUUCUGUACAUAAUAAUUCAUAUUUAAUAUAUAUACCAUAUAUAUAUCUUUAAACAAUGUGAUAUGUAAUUGAAGCUGCUAUGUAUUUUUAAAUUUUUAAACCUUUUUUCUGUCAUUACUACAAAUAGUCUGAAAAACAUGUAAUUUUUACAUAAAGAAAAAGGGAACAUAUCAGUAAGUGCUAUUCAGUAGCAAUGGAAUUGUCAAAGUGAAAUAGUUGUGAACCAAAUGGUGAAUUUUUGAUUUUGAUAAAAGUGAAAAAGAUCUAAAACAUGGAUUAAUGAAUGCUGUAGUGGGGAUAAGUGAUUUGCUACUCCAUGGUGAGCAUGAAUCUAGCUCCUCUGAUGUUGAGAAAUGUCUGUAGUAGGAAUAUAAAGAAAAUGAGGGACUAACAUUCUUCAGAUAAAUUGUGGAUGUGAUUAGUUGUGAACCUGUAUGCAUAUUGUAACUAGUAGAAGUCUCCGGCCAGCUGUUCUUUUGUUGCAGAUUUGUAAACAUAUACUCCACUCUCUUCCAUUCUAUUAAUCUGUAACUUAUUAAGGAUUCAUUUACAUUUUGUCACAGUUUCUUAGCUGAAAGAACUGCCUCGUUAUAAUGGAAACUUAAAAUCAGAGUUUCAAAUUCUUUUAAUCAGAAGAUUUGUGAUGGUUGCAUGUUAUUAAACUGACACAUAUGCUGGACGUUGUGUAUCAUCUCAUUAUUUGUUUCAAAAGCACAGCAUUUUGGUAACUGGGUCUGUUUCCAUCAUCAAAUGUAAAGGGGAAAGAAUUCUGCUCAAUUGGGCCUAUUAGACAGAACAGUUCUGUCUCUGGACUAGUCUGCAGGUAAAGAUCAAAUACAUCUAAUCAGCCAGAGAAAUAAGUGUUCAAAAUUGAGAAAUGCUCAUGUAGGUAUAUGAGUCCAUGGAA